CAUGAUCUCACUCUGAGAGGUGGGGCAUCCUGGUAUCCACCUCACACUGACUGACACACACAUAAAAGGGAUUUAGGCACAGGCACUGACUGCCAAUCAGUGGUGGUGUGUCUAGAUACAGAGAAACAGCUGAUUCUUGCAGUCGUGCAGCUGCUUCUCCUGCUGCCCUGUCCUUGGGUAAAGAAGGUAAAGACAAGAACAAAAAGAGGAGCCAGAAAACAAGCAGAACAAAGUAGAGACAUGCCGCAGAACGUGCUACUGCAAGGGCCUGCCCCAUGGGGAUUUCGACUGUGUGGUGGCAAAGAUUUCAACCAACCUCUAACCAUCACCAGGGUGACUCCUGGCAGUAAGGCCUCGCAAGUCAACCUGUGCCCAGGAGAUGUCAUCCUGGCUAUUGAAGGAGUCCCAACCGAGGGAAUGACUCACGCUGAGGCUCAAAACAAGAUAAAAGACUCCAGUAGUCAGCUCUGCCUCAAAAUAGAGAGGCCUGAAACCAAACUCUGGUCACCACAAGUGAUGGAGGAAGGCAAAGCACACCCAUUCAAAGUCAACCUGGAAGCAGAUCAACAAGAAUUUAAGCCAAUAGGCACAGGCCAUAACAGAAAAGCACAGCCGUUUGUGGCUGCUGCCAACCUGGAUGACAAAAGGCAGGUGGUGAGCUCUUCUUACAACAGUCCCAUAGGCCUCUACUCUAAGGGCAACAUCGAGGAUGCCCUGCAUGGACAAAUCCGUGGCCUGGUGCAUGACAGGCCCAAUGGAGAUAACACAUCUCAGAGGGUGACGCCAAAUGUAGUUCAGGGGACUGCACCAGUUACUAAACGCAGUCAGAUUGAAGCCCUGGCUCGUUCCACUCAGUAUAACUCCCCCAUUAACCUGUACUCAGAUCCCAGUCUAUCAGAAGCUCUACAGCACACUCAGUUAUCUGCUGUAGCUGAUAAACCAGCAACCAGUGGAAAACCCCUGACGUCCAUUGAGGACUCUGAUGUGUACCGAAUGUUGCAGGAAGAUCAUGAAACUCCUCAUGAGCCUCGCCAGUCCGGCUCCUUCAAGGCCCUGCAGGGCUACAUAGAGAGUGACGGUACAAAGCCUUUGGUAACAAGAAGUGUCAAAGCUCCAGUGACAAAGCCCCAAGCAGCUUCGGCCACGCUACAGAAACUGCCACUUUGUGACAAAUGUGGCAAUGGCAUUGUAGGUACAGUGGUCAAAGCCCGGGACAAGUUCCGCCACCCUGCGUGCUUCGUGUGUGCUGACUGUGGCAUGAACCUGAAGCAGAAAGGAUACUUCUUUGUGGAGAACCAGCUGUAUUGUGAGACUCACGCUCGACUCCGAAUGAGACCUCCAGAGGGACAUGAUCUGGUCACCGUGUACCCUAAUGCUUAAAAGACACUACCGCUCCAGUCUUCACUGCCUAUUGAUGCUGCAACCCGUCAAAGCAUGUAGGAAAGAUUGUCGCUUGUUGAAUGCUGGUCUGGCAUGUCUGCUCUAAGGGAAAUAUUUACAUUUUGUUGCUAGAUGAGUUCUCUUUAACAUAGAAGAGAAUACUUGCUUGACAGAUUCAGUGCCUCAGUUAGGUGCCUAAUGAGAAACCAACAUAGUGUCAAUUUUUGCAGUUCUGUUAGAAUGACAAACCUGCUUCUUUCAGGAGUAACAUUAUGAUUUUGUUAAGAUGAUGUUAUUUGUUCGAAAAUCUGAGUGACACAAAUUCAAAAUAUGGCAUCAAAUAUUCACACGGUCUUAUUUAUUUGUUCCAGCUUUUUUUUUUAAACAUUGUAACUAGUAUUUAUUACCAUUAACAUUAAUAGAUUCAUGUAAUUGCCAGAGUAAGAAAAACAAAACUCCACAAUGACCUUCAAAAAGCCGGAGUUAAAAAGGUUUGAUAUGUGAAAAUGGACUCUAUACACUAUCUUUGUAGCCAUAUUAUCUUUUAAUAAUUACUUAAACAUAAAUGUCCUCUCUCCCAUGUGCAACACCAUUUAAUAAAUUCUUUCAGUUGAGACGGA